UAUAUAUUUUUUAGGAUAACCCGAGACUUACCCAUAUGAAUCUGUGCCAAGUUUUAAAACCAUGCUUUUAUUAACUCUCCACUGAGGACAAAACAAAGCUGGCUCAAACUCUUGCACCAAAAUAAGUUAAAUAACUACAAGCCAACAUACAAAGGUUGCUCUAAAAUAGUGUAUGCAAAGUCAGUUAACACACUACCCCUUUCGAAUUAAAAAACAGUUAUCUUCUCUUCCCCCCUAAGCCAUCUCUCUCUCUCUCUCUCUGCUGUAAAGAAAAGAAAAACUAGAAAUACCCAUCUAAAAUUCCAUUUCCUUCUGCAGAAAACAUAAUGGCCUAGCUGUUUCUUGGAUCCGGAGAUUCUGGGUUUCUUUCAAUUAGUAUAAUACUAUUAAACAUAUAGUUAUAAGACUUGGAAAAGAACAUUAACCCACAAGACAUGAUUUGGUUCCUCCCAUUGUCUCUCCCUAGGCUCAAACCCUCUUUUUCUCUGCUGUUCCUCUCGUUGGAGUUUGUAGCAUAGCUGUAAUGCCUGUAAAUCCAUGGCCCCUCUUUUCCUUCUUAUUCUUCUCUUCUACCCUUGUGCUUCUCUUUCCUUUUACUGCUUUCGCCGUCAACCAACAAGGCGAAACUCUUCUUUCAUGGAAGAGAAGCUUGAAUGGAUCACCUGAGGGGUUGAAUAAUUGGGACUCGAGCAAUGAGACUCCCUGUGGAUGGUUCGGAAUUACUUGCAACUUUAACAAUGAAGUUGUGGCAUUGGGUUUGAGGUAUGUCAAUUUAUUUGGAACACUUCCCUCCAAUUUUACUUUUUUGUCUUCCUUAAACAAGCUUGUUCUGUCUGGAACCAAUCUUACUGGCACAAUCCCAAAAGAGAUUGGCACUGCUCUUCCUCAAUUGACUCACUUAGACUUGAGUGAGAAUGCCUUGACCGGCGAGAUUCCAAGUGAGCUUUGUAACUUUCCCAAGCUUGAACAACUCCUUCUCAACUCAAAUCAACUUGAGGGCUCCAUUCCAAUCGAGAUCGGAAACCUCACUAGCUUGAAAUGGCUAAUCCUCUACGACAAUCAACUUAGCGGUUCCAUUCCCAACACCGUAGGCAAGUUGAAGUAUCUUGAAGUGAUUAGAGCUGGUGGCAACAAGAACCUUGAAGGUUCAUUGCCUAAAGAAAUUGGCAACUGCAGCAAUUUGUUGAUGUUAGGCCUAGCAGAAACAAGCAUCUCAGGUUUUCUCCCACCGAGCCUCGGCCUCCUGAAAAAACUCCAAACCGUUGCCAUCUACACCACCCUCCUUUCCGGCCAAAUCCCUCCAGAACUCGGUGACUGCACCGAGCUCCAAGACAUAUACCUUUAUGAAAACUCACUCACUGGCUCAAUUCCGAAAACAUUAGGCAAGCUCCGAAACCUUAGAAACCUUUUGCUCUGGCAGAACAACUUGGUUGGUAUUAUCCCUCCCGAGCUCGGAAACUGCAACCAAAUGUUGGUGAUUGACAUAUCAAUGAAUUCCUUAACCGGAAGCAUUCCGCAAUCAUUCGGCAAUCUAACUGAACUCCAAGAACUCCAGCUUAGCCUCAAUCAAAUCUCCGGAGAAAUCCCAGCACAGCUUGGAAACUGCCAGAAGAUCAUUCACAUCGAACUCGACAACAAUCAAAUCACUGGCUCAAUCCCACCUGAAAUAGGUAACUUAUUUAAUCUCACACUCUUUUACUUAUGGCAGAACAAACUCGAAGGCAACAUACCGCCUUCCAUUUCCAACUGUCAAAACUUAGAAGCCAUAGAUUUAUCUCAAAAUGGCUUAGUGGGGCCUAUUCCAAAAGGAGUUUUUCAACUGAAGAAACUCAACAAACUCUUGCUUCUUUCCAACAAUCUCUCCGGUGAAAUACCGCCCGAGAUUGGAAACUGCUCGUCUUUGAUUCGUUUUCGAGCUAAUAACAACAAGGUUUCCGGAACUAUUCCGGCCCACAUUGGAAAUUUGAAGAACCUGAACUUCUUGGAUCUCGGAUCGAACCGGAUUACCGGAGUAAUCCCGGAAGAAAUAUCGGGUUGUCAAAAUCUCACAUUUUUGGAUUUGCAUUCAAAUGCUAUUUCUGGUAACUUGCCACAGAGUUUUGACAAGCUCAUAUCACUCCAGUUUAUUGAUUUCUCCAAUAACUUGAUUGAAGGCACACUGAGUCCAAGUCUUGGUUCACUGAGUUCACUCACCAAACUCACUCUUGCUAAGAACAGGCUGUCAGGUUCCAUUCCGAGUCAACUCGGUUCCUGCUCCAAGUUACAGUUAUUGGACCUGAGUGGAAAUCAGUUAUCAGGGAACAUUCCGUCAAGUGUUGGAAAGAUCCCGUCACUGGAAAUCGCUUUGAAUCUAAGCUUGAAUCAACUUAAUGGGGAGAUUCCGUCAGAGUUCACGGGGUUAAACAAGCUUGGCAUUUUGGAUAUUUCGUAUAAUCAUCUUACAGGCGAUCUUCAACAUCUCGCAGCUUUGCAGAAUCUUGUCGUGCUUAAUGUCUCGCACAAUAAUUUCUCGGGGCACGUGCCUGACACGCCCUUCUUCUCGAAGCUUCCUCUCAGUGUACUUGCCGGGAAUCCUGCUCUUUGCUUCUCCGGUAACCAGUGCGAUUCUGGUGACAAGCACGUUCAGCGAGGGACGGCAGCGCGUGUGGCAAUGAUUGUGCUGUUGUGUGCCGCAUGUGCGCUCCUUUUGGCAGCGCUCUACAUUAUCCUAGCAAGCAAAAAACGUGGCAGUGGGGCCCAGGAGUGUGAAGGUGAGGAUGACGUGGAGAUGAGUCCGCCUUGGGAAGUGACUUUAUAUCAGAAACUAGACUUGUCAAUUGCUGAUGUGACACGAUCGUUGACAGCUGGCAAUGUGGUAGGACGAGGCCGGUCCGGUGUGGUUUACAAGGUUACCAUUCCGUCUGGAUUAAUGGUAGCUGUUAAGAGAUUCAAGUCGGCAGAGAAGAUUUCAGCUGCAGCAUUUUCAUCCGAGAUUGCUACAUUGGCGAGAAUUCGGCACCGAAACAUUGUCCGUUUACUCGGGUGGGGAGCAAACCGGAAAACAAAGUUGCUGUUUUAUGAUUACAUGGCUAAUGGCACAUUAGGGACAUUGUUACAUGAAGGGAAUAAUUUUGGAUUGGUGGAGUGGGAGACGAGGUUUAAGAUCGCAUUAGGGGUGGCAGAGGGGCUAGCGUAUUUGCACCACGAUUGCGUACCGCCGAUUCUGCACCGAGAUGUGAAAGCGCAUAAUAUCUUGCUUGGGGACCGGUUUGAGGCAUAUUUAGCCGAUUUCGGGCUGGCUAGGCUGGUUGAAGACGAGCAUGGAUCAUUCUCUGCAAACCCACAAUUUGCAGGGUCCUAUGGAUACAUUGCACCAGAGUACGCUUGCAUGCUUAAAAUCACUGAAAAGAGUGAUGUAUAUAGCUAUGGAGUGGUCCUUUUAGAGACAAUAACUGGAAAAAAGCCAGUCGAUCCAUCAUUCCCGGAUGGCCAACAUGUUGUCCAAUGGGUCAGAAACCACCUGAGGAGCAAGAAGGACCCAGUUGAAAUACUUGAUCCUAAACUGCAAGGCCACCCAGACACACAAAUACAGGAAAUGCUUCAAGCUCUUGGAAUCUCUCUUCUUUGCACAAGCAAUCGCGCUGAAGAUCGCCCGACAAUGAAAGAUGUGGCAGUAUUAUUGAAGGAAAUUCGACAGGAACUGAUCACAGGCGGUGAGGCCCAGAAGCCGACCAACAAAUCAUCGAAAACGAUGGAAAGCAAUCCAUCAUAUUCAUCAUCCUCGGUGACCCCAGCUCAAUUGUUGAUGCUUCAACAAGGGUCUUCUCGUUGCUCACUUGCUUACUCAUCUUCAUCAUCAACUAGUAUUAUGUCAAGUGCUAAUCAAUAACAAUCUCCUUGUGUAGUUUUGAGAGUUAUUCAAAUAUAUUAGUAUUGUUUUUUAGAAUAGGGAAAUACAUAAAAGAGUUAGCGCCACAGGGGUGUUUUGAUCAAUAGCUUGGUACCGAGAUGAUAAAAUUGAGUACAUAGCAAGUUCCUUUUAUUGUC